GAAAAAUUAUAUAAAAGAUCAUCCUUAUAAAAAUAUUCAUCCUUGGAAAUCAUUACUAGAAUUUUCAAAUGAUCUUGUAAAUAAUUUAAUUUAUAAUAAAGAUGGAUUAGUAAUAUUAAAUAAACCAUAUGGAAUAAAACGUAAUAAAAUAAACUCAUUUAAAAGCUCAAGAAAUGAUAUACCUAAUGGUGUUGAUUAUACAUUAGAUGAUGCUUUACCUUAUAUUGCUAAAGAAUUAAAUUACCCAAAUUUAAGCAUAAUCAAAAGCCCUGAAAUGUACAUGAGUGGUAUUACACUUUUAGCAGCAAAUACAAAUGUUCAACAUGCUAUAGAACUUGCAUUUAUUCGUAGUGAACAUUUCAUAAGAACUUAUUGGAUAGUUACAGUUGGCAUACCAAAACAAUCAAAUAAUAAUUUUCGUUUAGGAAUAAAAUUAAUUUCAAAUCCUUACUUUAAAAAUAAAAAGCAAAUUCUUACCACAUCAUGGUCUAAAAAUGAAGAAAAAUUAAAGAAGAUAAAAAUAUUAAAAACAGAGCACAAAGUAUUAUCUAAUUCAAUACUUAAUUUAUGUUCCUUAAUUCAACUAAAAUCAUCUACUCAUAAUAAACAUGCAAUUAGAUUGUUUGCAUCCACAUUUUUAUAUUGUCCAGUUUUAGGAGAUAAUAUUUAUGCAUCUCAGAUUCAAAAAGUUGGAAAUACUUAUGUAAGAGUCAAUCCAUUUCUUACUUGUCCUACAUUGCCAAAAUUGGAUGAUAAGCUUCUUAAAUUAUUAGGUAUUAACCUAAUAAUCAGAAUAUUAUUCCUACUCAUAUUCAUCUAAGAUCAAUAGUUUUACCAAAGUUUUUUGGAAAAACAUU